AAUCAUCCGAGAGGCGCGCUGUCACAAAUUGAGCCUCUGCACGCCUCGUAGUCAGGUGAUCGGAGCCGGAAGAGUUCCCAGCCGAACAGAUAGACUUCAGGAAGCCUGCGGUUGCCGGGCGCCGCGAUGGCUGCGGAGCCUUGGUUGUUGUUGUAUGAUUCAGCUUGCCAUAUUGCACAAGAGAUCGCUGGAAAAAUUCAAGAACGCAACAGAUACCAGAGGAGUGGUGAAAGUACAACUAAGGCCACUGUUGGAGUCAGGUCUUUAUUGCAAAAUCUUGAAGAAAAAACCAAUCGUCUGAAAGACCUGUUGCUUCACUCUGUAUCAACACGUCAGAUAACUCAGAUAGAAGGUGAAAGACGGCAAAUUUUAGUAGAUGAACUUUUCACAGUACACAGAAAACUCCAAGCAUCUUUUCAAAAUGAAAAUGCAGAACCUGAUAUAAUAAGGUCUAGCCUAAUGGCAGGCGGGGUCAGAAGAGAAAUAACAAAUCCAUGGCUUGUGGAGGAGCCUGAGGAAACAAAAGGGCUCGACUUCCAUGAUAUCCAACAGCAACAACAGAGAAUUAUAGAAGAACAAGAUGCUGGUCUUGAGGCACUCUCUUCAAUCUUAUCUCGCCAAAAACAAAUGGGACAGGAAAUUGGAAAUGAAUUAGAGGAACAGAAUGAAAUCAUUGAUGAUCUUGCCAAUUUGGUAGAAAAUACUGAUGACAACCUACGCAGACAAACCAAAAAUGUCUUGAGGGUGGAGAAAAAGUCAACUUCCUGUGGGAUGAUGGUGGUGAUCGUAUUAUUGCUGAUUGCUAUUGUGGUUGUUGCUGUGUGGCCUACAAAUUGAUGCAACUAUCACAUUUCACAGCUUUUCAGAAUAUUUGUGUAACAGAAGGUGGUUAAAAAAGGAAUCCUCCAAUGAAAUAAGAGUCAGACACUGUGCUACAAUAUACUUGUACUUCCAAAAUGCUUGAGUGAGCUGCAAAAGGCUUAAAGUAUUUGAAGAGAGAGUCUUUCAAUGGAUCAUUGGGCUGGCUACCUUUAAAACUGUGCAUCAUCAUCAUCAUCAUCAUCAUCAGUCUUUCUGUCUCUCCUCCAAUCCUGAGUCCUUCGGGAGAAGGGCGGUAUAGAAAUUGGAUUAUAAAUAAAUAAAUAUGUCUUCUAAAUAUUUGACACCCUAUUUUUUGUACUAUAACUCCUGUAAUCCUAAACACUGUUCUGAUUUGGUUUGAUGGAACUGGGAAACUGCAAAUAUGGAAGGCUUCAUGUUUUGCAAGUCUGCCAUAAAAUGUCAAAAAAAGAAUAGAGAAAGAGAGUUGUAUAUAUACAGUCUGGCAACAGGGCUUUUUAGCUAGAAGGCUUUUUCCCAUGGACAACAGUUGCUUCUCUUUCAGUUUUUCAGGAAGCUGUGAUAUCCUCAGUAUGUCCCACGGCAAACCAGAUCUCUUGGCUUGUAGUGGCUUUACAAAGUACUCUGCAGUUAGCUAUGAAUGAAUUUUUCCCACAGACUUUCCAAAGUUAGGAGCUCAUUUUCCUGUCACCUUCCUGCUAUAGUUAAGCAAAGCAAUUCAUUUAUGUCAGAAGUAAACCAGUGUUGGGAUGCGCCAAAAUAUAGUUUGGAAUUAAAUUCUCUUUAAAUAUUCCUGGUCCUAAAUAUUUGAACAAAGUAUAAUUUGCUUGUGAAAUUUUGAAAUAUAACUAAGGCAGAGGGUUUUCCUUUUCCUUUUGUUUGGUUUUUUAAAAGACUAUCAUCUUUGAAUCAGCAAAUUAAAAGGACAUUAAAACCUCAAUAGAAACGAAUCUAGAUGGUAGCACCUCAAUUCAGCACAUAAGGGAAAUAGCCAUAUUCAAGCUAAUUAGGGCUUUUUAGGAUAUUCAGAGCUGUUAUCAUCUUGUAAAGUUCAAGAAAACAGUCUUCUAAUUGGCUUCCUGCUGGGAAAUCCAUAAAAACAUCUUUAUUGUCCUUCUGGGUAAUCUAUUCGGCAGUUUCACAGCUGGACUUUUUUUUCUUUUUUUUAAUAUUGUGUCCUCACCUAAAAAUAUUGUCACAAAAACUACCAUGCCACUAGCACAUGAAAGUGCUGUCAGGAAAUUUUGCUCAUAAUAAGCAUAAGGUCGAUUUUGCAUUUUUUAAAAAAUCUGAUUGACUUGGUGGGUUUUCACACGUUAAUUCUACUACUGCAGUAUCACCAAUCCCUCCUUUCCUAUAUACUGACCCUCUGGCUGUAACAUAAAAUACUUUAGUGAUGGGUAUAGUGUGGUCCUCCAGAUUUUAUUAUAGAGCCACUCUUAUAAACUCUAGACUCUAUGGCUACUAUUGAAAGAUGUUGGGCACUAUAGUAAAACUUCUGGAAAGCCACCUUACAAUUCUCCCUUGUUUAGAUGCCCAAUGCUAAAUUUAUUUGCAACUUUACAGAAUGCGAACAAUACCAUGAAUAUCCUUUUAAGAACAUUUAUUACUUCUUUUACUCCGCAACCCUGGCAUAUUCAUAAAAAAAGGACAACAUAAUUUUCUCAUCCAGUGACACAUGUCAGAAAAAUACACUUCUGCUUGUUUCAAUGAUGUUCAGCUUAAUUUUAGUUUUACAAUAGGAAUGCUUUGUAGGGUGUUUUAAAGUGCUAAAGUGAAAUCACAAAUAGUUUAGAAUCAAUGUAUGGUGUAACAAAAUAAUUAUGGGCUGAAGUAAAAAAGAACUGCCAUUCAACAGUUAUGUAAAUGAGUCCUAAAUCCUGUGGAAAUCAAGGAUAUACUCCACUUACUGGGAAGAAAAUUGACCCGGGAUUUAAAAUAAUUCCCACAAAAUGAAAAGAUUAAAAAAAAUUAGAGAUAACAAAAGUCUUAUGCAAUGUCCAUCCUGCUCACCUUGUCAACCUAGAAUUGCCAGCUUCAAAUAAAACUAGUCCUGGAGCUUUUCUGUCCACCAGAGUGGAGUGAUACAUGCACAUAUGUUUAUGUAUAGUUAUGUGUGUGUGCAUGGGUCAAAGGAUCUAAAACAGCACAGGGCAAGAAAUAAAAUGAAUUGAUUUAAUAACUGCAUGUUAAAAUGAAUUGACUAUACAAUACAAUAAAGCACUGUUAGAAUUAUGGGAUCCCUGUGUUUAUACAGCACACACCAACCAUUCUCAUUCAGAGAAACAUAUGAUAUAAAAAUGCAUAAGAAGAAGAUGGGAGGAAGGUGAAGGGAUAGCAGCAGAAAAAGGAAGCAGAGAAAAUACAAUGUGUUAUGGGAAGAGAUAUCAAAAGAGAGAGAAAAAAUUACAUUACAAAAAAGGGUUAAUCUCACCAUGCAAGACCCCUUCCCAAGCAAUGACUAAUUUAAGCAAACCCACAGUUUACCAGCAAUGUCUGAUGUAACCAGCAGCUUCAGCCCCUAGAUUGUUUUCAUCAGUAUUAUUUAUUUUGUUUUUUACUGAAUUAAAGUUGAUUCAAGUUGCUUGUGGGGAGGGAAUGCCAAGGGGGACAGAAUAACAAAAGCAGCAUAAUUUGUUAUAUAUGAUGUAAUAUCACGUACAGCUACAAAAGAGUCAUUCCUUGCAAUGGAAAAGCCAUAUGCUUGGUUCAGAAGUAAUUGGUGAACUAUUUCUUCACCUUGUAGAAUAAAUAAAGGGUUUUUUUCCCAAGUUAGAGUAUAUGUCCCUAAGAAAUGGUAUCUGAUAAUCCUAACUUUAGAUUCAAAGGUAAAACCUUUGUUGCAUCCAAACAUAAGAGCACAAGAGCACAAAAGUGCCUACCGUUCCUGUCCUAUUGUUCCCUUCAUUAUAUCAAAUUAAUAUAGCUGAUGCAUAUUCUUUACUUAUAUAUAUAUAUUUUCUUCAUGAUAUAUUUUUUUAUGACAAUGUUUGUGUAUACUGUUGUGACAAAAUGAAAUUUAAAAAAAUGUGAAUUGUGCUAAUGGAUGGGUUACCUCACUCUAUUGAUUUUUAUCUCUCCCCCAAAAGUAUCAGAAUAGUUUAUAGAAAUAGUUGAUAGAAAUGUCAAUUUGCUGCAGCCUGUCUGUUGUUUCCAAGAAAAGGCAAAUGGGUGCAAAAAGUAUUUGUGUUAUGUAGAAGAAACUCAAGGAAGAGUCAAAAAUUAACCAGUUACUGCUACUGACUCCUAGCACUAAUGUUAAAGAAAUGCUUUUCUUUAAUAAUACUUUGCUGCAACAAACCAAAGUUGCCAAUAAUUUAGAAACGGGAUAUUGUGAAAGCUGAGUGUUAUUAGAAUCUGUGUAACAGAUAAAAAGUUCAUAUAUUUUAAUAUUUGUAUUUCUAUGUUCAUAUGCCUCCAUGUGUUUCUCUGAAACCUCAAACAGUUCGCACAGAUAGCCUUUCCUCUUGCAAUUUUGCAAAAGCCAAGGUCUUAUGGCUUUAACAAGCCUCCAUCCUCUUAUUUUGAGGUGGCAGGAUGGUUGUAUUGCCCUAAUUGCCAACUCCUGUGAUUAUAUAGUAAUGAGAUCAGUGCUGUCCUUACAAUAGUAAAUAGUAAAGUUAAGUAAAGUGAUUGAUUGGAUAACUCUAAUUUUGCUUUUUUUUUUUUAAUUUACAUUUAUAUCCCGCCCUUCUCCGAAGACUCAGGGCAGCUUACAGUGUGUAAGGCAAUAGUCUCAUUCUAUUUGUAUAUUUACAAAGUCAAUUUCCCUUCUACCAAUAGCUCAGCUGCAAGUUGAUAUAUAUUCAACAAAUUAUCCCAUUAACAUGGGAGGGACUGUGGAGGAGGUGAGUUUGGGAAGAGGACUAGGCCCUCUGAUUAAAACUAUAUUGUCU